UACUACUAUUUCUCCAUGUUGUUCUCAGUUCUCUCGCUUUCUCGUGUGGAAAAGCUGGAAAUUAUUUUGGUAGUGUAAACAGUGUAAAGACUUUUGCCAGUAGUGGUUAAAACCCUUUGCUUGGCCUCUUCAAGUACAGUUUUUCUUCGCGAGGAAGAUGGUAAAGAGGAAGGACAGGACAGCGCGCAGACAGAUUUUGCAGUUAAAGGAAGAGAAAAGCCGGACGUAUUCCCCGCCGGCUAAGAAUUCGGCGAUUGGUCCUGCGGAGCCAUCAAGUCACGGAGAUAACGACGAAGGAGACGGACAUGACGAAGCAAGCAAAAACGAGCCAGCCUCGAAUAACGGCGUUCCGAGAGAUGCCAUAGACGAUCAGCUUGAAGACUUCAUGAAGGAAAUUGAUGCCAUCUCGUCAACUGUGCCUGAGACGGAUCCCCAAGGUGAGGAGGAUAAAAAGGAAUCGCCUGAUCAAGAGAACGUGAUGGCCACCUCGGACGGUCCUCCAGCUUCUGGGAAAUCUGAGGCAGUAAUUGGCACCCAGGAGCCAAAGUCAAAAGGAAACACUGCAGAUACACCUUCGGCUAUUGAAGGCGAGGUUCCGCCUUGUCCCUGGGUAGAGUGCAUGGAUGUGGCAACGGGGUACACCUACUUCUGGCACCAGGUAACCAACGAGGUAACGUGGGACUGCCCACCUGAGUAUGAAGCUUACUGGGCCCAAUAUGGAGAAGCUGUUGAGGCUGAGGGUGGUGCAGCGGGAGCUGGUGCUGAUGCUGCUUCUUCUGCGACAACGCCUGGCACGAGUGGUGAUGCACAGAUGCUUCCCGAAACCAGUGCCUCAGCACCUCCGAUUGCUGCGGCCGUGCCUAACAGCAGUGUCUCAUCGAAUGUUCAAGCUGCCGAUGCCUGCAGCGCCGAAGGUGGAACGCAGAAACUUGCCGAAUCGUCUUCAACUGGUGCACCAACUGCUAGUGUGGCACAAAGCGACGCGACUGUUGAAACGCCCGAAGCGAGUAAAAGGGCAGCGACGUCUGGCAAGAAGAAGCGCAAGCAAGAAGCUGCCAUUGGAGCAAUCAUUCCAAUAACUUCGUACGGUGCAUCCGACAGCAGCUCUUCCGAGGGUAGCGACUAUGAGACUUAUUCAGUCUGUAGGACACGACUGAAGAGGCAUCCUUCCAAGCGUCCGAAGGUAGCAGCUAAGAAGUCUCGUAUGGAGUCACCACCGCCUGUCACUUAUGGACCACAGCUGCCAGACUCGGUCCUCGCUCAAAGAGAAGAACCUGUUUACGGUCCGCAGCUUCCAGAUGCUCCCGAAUCCAUGGAAGUAACAGUCUACGGCCCACACCUGCCAGAAGUGAAUACGGUUGAAUACGGGCCUAACUUGCCAGAGGAGGAGAGAGCUGUGCAUGGGCCACACUUGCCAGAGCCCGAGAAGAAAGUUGCAUACGGGCCACACUUGCCAGAUGCUAGUGACGUCGAAUCUCAUCAGCCCCCCGUUUUAAUUGGUCCACAGCUGCCGGAGUUCCACGAGUUCGCGACCGAAAAGUCCAGUACUAGUGCAUUUAUUGGCCCAGUGCUUCCGGACGGAUUCUUUGAAAAACAGGCAGAGCGUUGUGAAGAAGAUAAUCCCGAAGUUCAAGAACCCUGUCCAAGGUUGGAAGACUCACCCUCUGGAAGCACAGAAUCGGCCAGACCUGUUGCUACAACUGAGGCAUCCAGUGCCGAAGGAUUGCAAGCCAGCGAAACUGUGCUGGAAAGCACGCAUUCUUCCGCGGUCGCCGUAGAGGCUGCUAGUGUUCCUGAUGAAACAACAGUUGGUGCGGUGCCAGCAUUGUCUGGCCUGGUGGAUUACCCUGGCUCUCCUGUUGUUGACAGUGAAACAGACAGCGAGGGGAGUGAUGUGGACAAUAAAGGAGUGUCAGUGCCAGCCCCGGACAUUGAGAAGGAGCCAGCUGCUGUGAAUUAUCCUGUCAUGACUGGUGGAAAGCUCCAGUUUGAGACAGCUGUAAAGGAUGUGCAUAAGAAAGUUGUGUCGCAAGAUGCUAGUCAAAGCACUUCCAACGUUCGUGCCAGCUCCCUGACUGCAGCAAGACAGUUGAAGUCAAAACAGAAUCUGGAGGCAAAGAAAGGAUCACAGCACCUGGUUUCUUACGGUGACUCGGAAAGCAGUGAUGAUGACAGCAUGGACGCGAAUGUAACUGUUGUGGAGCCUUCGCUUCCCUCAGCAGCUCGAUCACCCCCCUCUUCAGCGGUUGGCGAGGAUGACAGGGAGGAGAGCCACAGGGGCUUUGGGUGCUCCAACAGCGAUGGUGUGGACGCGGAAGUUACCGAUGAUAAGAAGGCUCCAUCGGCAAAGCCAUUCAAGGGAGUCAGCUUCGUCCGAUCGUCAGAGUUGCUUGUGUUGAGUGAGUGUGUAAAUCAGGGUGAGGGAGUAGCUAAAGAGAAGACUGAAGAGACUGCAAAAGAACAGUCGCCCAGUUCCGAGGAAACUACUGGUGCCGAAAGGUUGGCUUCCCCUCAAGAACAGACAGCACCGGACGAUUCCGAUGUGGAUGAUUUUGACGAUGUCGUCCGGGCCCUCGACAUUGCUUUGUUAGAGUCGCAAAAGAAGAAGGCCCAGGAAGCAGGCACAAAGCACCAAGACUUUCCCAGUGCUGAGAAAGAAUCGCCCGGCGAUACAAGUGAGGAGGAAGGAGAAAUCAAGUCGUCCGACUCAUCCAGUGAGGAAGGAAUGACACCAAUGCCGCAGGGGAGUUCAGACUCUGAGGAUGAAUCAGAGACAGAAGAGGAUGCCAGACUAAAGAAGGAGAAUCAGUUCAGUAAAAGAGGAACAUCUCCCAAGCCUGAGAGUAAGGAUACACUUAAGGUUGAUAUUGAAGAAGCUUACAAGCAGCUGACAGAUCUGUUGAAUCCUCUGCGGGAUGUGAUCGCCUGUAGGAACAGCUACUUUGAACUCGUUGUGAAGACCAUGACUCGUAUGGAGGACUGGCGUGCUGGAGCUCUGGACCCUGCUUACUUCCUUCAGAGGUUGCACGAAGCGCAUGCCGCCGCUGACGAGGUUCGGCAACUGGUCCAGGCGUCUGAGCCAACAAAGAGCGACGAAUCUUGCCAAGAACCCUUGCCGCCCGGCUGGCAGAGGCACUGGGACAGUGGGCACGCAAGAUAUUUUUAUGUGCAAGAGGAAACGGGCCAUUCCCAGUGGCAGUUCCCAACGGCAACAGAUGCCAGUGGCGAUGCGCCCGAUUCCACCUCUCCUAUGACCGAGGUGGCAUUGGUUUCCGACCAGAACACCGCUGCCUUACUGCUGCAGCCAGCACCACCUCCACCCCCGGAGACAGAUGAGGCACCCAUGGAGGUAACAGCCAAGCAAGAAGACGAAAUGCGAGGAGAUGCCGAGGUGGUCGAGAAGGUUGAGGAGAAGUUGGAUGGUGCAAGCCUCGACGCUGCCGAGGCUGCCUUCUACUCCAGUUUCGCGCUGUCUGCAGAGCCUGUAAUUAACUCUGCUCAGGUUGUCACUGGAGACAAAAGGCCUGCCGUUGCAGAGGCGGCACCUGCGGAUGCAGCAUCUGUGGAUGGAGUGCCAAUGGAUGUAACUUCUGUGGAUGGAGCCAGUGCUCCUCCCGCUGUAACAGCUCCAAAGAAGAAGAAGACAAAGGUGUCCGCAGGACUUACUCUCCGCAAGAAGAACAUCCCGACGCUCCUUCAAAAGUGGGAGAAGAUUAAGGAAGAACAGAAACGAGGCAUGUCAAGCUGACAAGGGUAGCCAUUGCGGAGAGAGAUCGACAUCUCAGUCACAUGAAUUUUUAUUCAUGCUUGUACAUAUAAAUUCAUUGUAAAAACAACAUAAUAAAGUAUGAAACAUUACAUCAAA